AAAGUCACUUAUAUUUUAACUAGUGAAAGAACUCUAUUUUUUCAAAGUCAGCUAAUAGUAUAUAUGUGCAUCUAUUAUAAAUGUGCAUAAACAUGACACUGAACAGAUUUAUAUUCAUUUAUUCAGCUUUUCGUUUACUCGUCUCAUGCACAAAAAAAUAAAUAAAUAAUAAAACCGAACACAUGCUCUCUUUUUAGAUUAUUUAUGCUGACAGCUCAUAUUUUAUAAUCAUAAAAAAAAAAAAAAUUGUACUAUAGCAGAAUACAUGUGCAUAAAUAUAGACACACGGAGGUAGAUUUAUGCAACAAAUUCUGUAUUCCUCAAAAUUAAUUAAAAACAUGGAAAUAAUAUACUGAAACAGUUGCCAGAUGAACCAGAAAAAUAUGUGUAGAUUAGCACCGUCUACUGUACAGCGGUGGAAUUGUUUUUUUUUAUUUUUAUCUUGUUCGUUUCAGUUUUGGUGUGACUAGACUUUCUGAUGGCAGUUUGGUGUAAAGCAGCCUUUAAAGAUAUAGUUUAUCCAAAACUGAAAAUUCUCAUCAUUUACUCACCCUCUUGAAAUCCCAGAUGUGUAUGACUUUCUUUCUUCUGCAGAACACAAACGAAGAUGUUUAGAAGAAUAUCUCAGCUCUGUAGGUCCUUACAAUGCAAGUGAAUGGUGAUCAGACCUUUGUAGCUCCAAAAAUCAGAUAAAGGAAACAUAAAAGUAAUCCAUAAGACUCCAGUGGUUUAAUCCAUAUCUUCAGAAGCGAUAUAAUAGGUGUGGUUGAGAAACACAUAAAAUAUUUCCUUUUUGUGCCACAACACUGAGGCAAAAAAAAGGCAUAUCAUUUUACAACAGAAUGUGUAAGUGGACGCGUUUCUUAGGGAUAUAUGGACUCCAAGUGCAGCCAUACAAAAGGAAAACUGCUAAAUACACAAUAAAUAAAUAGAAGGUAUUUAUUAAGAGACGCAACACCGCUUAUCUGCAUCCCGUCAAUGUAACUGGAGUGUUUUGAGUCGCUUCAGAGCUGCAUAACUGUUUAACAAAGCAAGACAAACACCAACUACCCCCUGGAACCUGCUUAAGGACCCCUGAAAAGAUGGAGUCUGUUAAAGAGGAGAGUGAAGAUGUCUGUAUUUCAGAACUAUUUAGACUGAAAAAUCAAGAUACUGAGGAACAAAGAGAUCUGAUGGGAGUGGGAGAGGAAAGUCAAGAAUUGAUUGAAGUGGAGGAGAAGCAUCGGUAUAAGAAACCUGAGGAUUUCGUAACUGGAGAAAAAUCUUCUAGUUGCUCACAGACUGAAAAGAAAUUCUCACAAAAAAGAAAUCGAACAGAAACAGGAAAUUCUUUUAUGUGCCCUCAGUGUGGAAAGUGUUUCAAACAUAAAGGAAACCUUAAUAGCCACAUAAGAAUUCACACUGGAGAGAGGCCUUACACCUGCCCGCAGUGUGGAAAGAGUUUCAGACAGAAAGUAAAUCUUAUGGAUCACUUGAGAAUUCACACUGGAGAGAAGCCUUUCACAUGCUCUCACUGCGGAAAGAGUUUCACACACAAACCAAGUCUUACAGAGCACAUGAGAACUCACACUGGAGGGAAACAUUUCACAUGCCUUGAGUGUGGAAAGACAUUUACAAAUCCAAGUAGCCUAAGAAGGCAUAUAAAUAUUCACUCUGAAAUGCAAUUACACCACUGUUCUCAUUGUGGCAAGAGUUUUACACAGGCAAGUCGUCUCAGACUUCAUCUGCGUUAUCACUCUGGAGAAAAGCCAUUUAACUGUGAACUUUGCGGUCACAAAUUUAUUUUGCCAUCAGUGUUAAAAAGACACUUAAAACUUCAUGCAAAUGAGAAGCCUUACAUAUGCACUGUUUGUGGAAGGAGUUUUUCACAACUGGCUUAUAUGAAACAGCACCAGAUUAUACAUUUGGGUGUAAAACCUCACGUUUGCUCAGAGUGUGGUAAAGCUUUUAUCAGAGCUGAUGACUUGAAAGCCCACCAAAGAAUUCAUACUGGAGAAAAACCUUUCAAGUGCUCAUAUUGUGAGAAGAGUUUCAAACGGCGCCAACAGCGGAAAACACAUGAAAAAAUGCACAAUAGAGGAAGUCCAUACCACUGAAAUAAGUGGAUUUUUUUUUUAUCAUACUAAUGAAUGAAAUUAUCAUGACAUCACACAGCCGGUCACCAUGCUUCCGGGUUCUUUUGAGCUGCAGCUUUUUGUGGUGACGUCUUUGUUUUGAGUAGCAUUAUGGUACUAACGGUGUCGGAUGAUGAAUUCAGGGAAUAAAAAAAACUACUACAACAGCAUUUGAUAUAAUAUGUUAUUGUCCCACUGCCCAGUUAUUGCAAUUUCUGCUGUAAU